AUGCAACAUCUCUCAAUGAUGUUUUAUAAUUUAAACCAAUACUCGUUCGUCGGAUUCCUUUCGAAACUUCUAGUAGGGGCGAACGGAGUAGGGGUGGUAAAACGAAGCGCCGUUCACUAAACGUUUUACUAGCGGAGAGACUGUCGUCGUUGAUGCCACUGCCACAUUAAAAAAACAACUGUCAACGUUUCGCGCUGAAAAGUUUCGCUGUCAGUUGCUGCAUAAAUUCCCGCGUACUUUAAAAUUGAAAAAUAGAAUAUUUGUGUGGUGCUAGUGUAAAAUUUGGGGAUUCAGUGCGCGCCGGACAGUUCUGUGGGACGUUGUGGUGUAUGUGAUGGUACUCUGCCGCUCUAUUUAUUGAGAGUGAAGCAUGAGGGGCAGUGUUUUCCAAUUUCUGCUGUUGGCCCAUGUGGCCUACGCCAUAACAGGACCAAGGAUAGAAAAUGAAUACGACAGAAGCAGGCAGCCGCCAGGUGAUCAUCCAGGCUUCAACGAACAUCAGACGAGAUUUGGAAUAAAUUCGCCAUUGCAGAACUUUCAACAGCAACCAUCUUUACUGACGAGUCCACCGCCUCCAACCAUCCAAUUUCAACAAUCCAUUUUUCAACAACCUCAGCUUCAAGCACCACAACAUCAACAACCAUCACACCAACAUCAACAACCAUCACACCAACAUCAACAACUACCACACCAGCAUCAACAACAACCAUACGUUCCACAAUUUAGCAACAUACCUACUCAAGGUAUUCCAAGCAAUUUACCCGUGCAAAACAUACCAAGCAAUGUGCCUGUAGGUAACAACCAUGCCUUUCAAUUCAAUCAAAACCCCAACGUAAACCCAAAUAAUUUCCCACAGCAAAAUUUCAGACAGAUCAGUCAACAGAACCAAAACAUUCUUCCACAAUCAGUGCCUACUCUUGCUACAUUUCAAAACGUACUGCCCAUAGCACAGAAUGCUCCUGCUUUUAACCCAAAUCCAAAUAUUCAAGGAAAUGUUGGUAAUGUCGGACAGCAAAGACCAACACAGGCAGCUUUUCUGCCUACUUUAUCGUCUCCACAAAAUCAACCAAUUUUCGGUCAACCGAGUCCUAUCACUAUUCAUCCAGCUCCAAACCUCGCCCCACAAAAUUUAAACCUUGAAAACUCGCAAUUUCCAUUCCAGUCACAAUUUAAUCAAUUUACUAACGGUCAACUUCAAAAUUACUAUGAACAGCAAUCAAAAGAAAAUUUGGAGAAACUGAAGGAACUUCAAGAAAGACAACGAAUUAUCCAAAAACAUCAAGAGUUUGUCGAGAAACAACAACAAAAGGAACAACAAAAGGUUGAAAAGUUGCAUGAAGAAUUUCUAACCAAGCAAGCAACAAAGACUAUACCUACUCAUGCCACAACUGAAAGCUACGAUAAUUUUUACACCCAAAGUCACGACAGACAUAGACCUCUUCAGCCGCAUGAGACGGAUUUGUUUAGAAAAGCUCUUGAAUUAUACGAAAAAGAGCAUCCUACAACUACCACAUCGACGACGACAACGACCACAACUACCACAACAAUUCGUCCUCCAACUCAUAGGUAUAGGACCAGGCCAACCUCAAGACCGCGCAGUCCACCACAAGACAGAAAUAAACAAAAACUGUAUAAUGAAAUAAAAAACUUGCUUGACGAAAGCGAGACCAAAGGCUUUGACGAUAAUUUACGCGCAAAAAGCGUGGAACUUCUCCAAAAGCCAGAUAUUUUAAAGCAGUUGAAAGUAGUUUUAGCUGAAAACCCAGAAGAUUUCAACGAAAAAAACUUUUCAUCGCGAGAAAUAUCCUUAAAUGGACAAAAAUUCGAAGUGAUAAGGACUACUAAUCCAAAUUUAAUUCCAAAAGGAGCAAUAACAGCUGAUAGUUCAAAUAUUGCCAAAAUUGUAACUGCUAACCAAGAACAACAAAAAGAAAAUCCAGUUUCUUUUGAAGAUCUGACUAAAGGCGUUCUACCACCUGGUGCUAAUUUUGAGCUUAUUAAACAAUCCGAUAAUGGAAAACUAGAAGAAGUAUCGAAACUUCCCAAUACUAUUCAAAAUAAAAAGAAAGUUACUUUUGUAUUUCUGGAAGAACAAGACGAUGGAUCAUUUAAGGUUAAGGGCGUUAAGGCAAAUGGACAGCAAACUGAAGAAGGACCAGAGGUAGAGAGCAUUAUAAACAAAAUUAAGAAAGGAGAAAUACAACUACCCGGUAGUACCAAAAUUUCAAAUGCUGGACACACUUCAACAACUGCUGCUCCAACAAACCCCACCACUAAUUAUGUAUCAGAAUCUUCUCUUAACCCCUCAAGCUACAAUAGCUUUGUAACCACGUCCAAUUAUGGAACUUCAGGACAUAAUAAUCCUGUGAUCCAUACCACUACACCUGUUACAUAUCAAAACACUGAGCAACCAUCAAGAGCGACCCAAAAUCAAGCUCAGUCAUAUUAUCAAAACACUGAGCAACCGUCAAGAACGACGCAACAUCAAGCUCAAUCAUAUUAUCAAACUACUGAGCAACCAUUAAGAACCACGGAACAUGAAGCUCAAUCAUAUUAUCAACACACUGAUCAAUCAUCAAGAAAGUCGCAAUAUCAAGCUCAAACAUAUUCUCCCUUACCCCCGCGAACCACAACAGAAAGAUUUGUUCUUAAAUCGUCAGCACCACGUUACAUAAUUAACAGAAAUAAUCAAGAUCAAACAUCAAGAGCCUCAUUCCCUAGUUCAACAAUCGUUAAUACCACUCCUACUCAUCGAACAACUACAGAAUCUUUAGUCGUUAUAGGAAGUAGUACAGUUCCACCCACAUUUGAAGAACCAAAAUCUUUCCCAGAAAUCUCUGAAAAUGCUAACCCGAGUCUUGUAGAUAUUCUGAAGGAAAACGGGCUUUUCGCAACUGCAAAAUACCUGAGACAAUCCGGUUUGGAUACGAUUUUAAAUGAAACUGGACCGUACACGAUUUUCGCUCCAACGGACAAAGCUUUCAGGACUCUGUUGGUACAACUUGGUGGGCCAGAUAAAGCUGAGGAAAAGUUCAGAGAUAAUCCAAGACUGCUGAGUGGGCUUCUUCUUCAUCAUGUCAUCCCUGGAGCUUUCGACAUUGCCUCACUUCAAGAUGAGAUGACCGGGGUCUCCCUCGCUGGCACGCAGCUUCGGGUCAAUCAAUACGACAUGCAUGAUGUGGAAUGGAACGAAGUGCGGGUUACUACAAUCAACGGUGCAAGAGUUCUAGAAGAUAAAAAGGACAUCCAUAUUCCUCAGGGAAUAGCACACGCAGUAGACAGAGUCAUGUUUCCUUUGCCUGUGGGCGACAUAAUCCAAACGUUGCAGGCAGACAGAGACCGACGUUUCACAACAUUCCUCAAAGCCAUACAGGCCAGUGGUUUUGCAGAUACUCUGUCAGAGAGCAAAACGUACACGGUGUUCGCGCCAACGGACGCGGCGUUCGCGCGCUUGUCGGCGCACGAGGUGGCGCGCCUCGCGGACAAGGCGGGCGCGCGCGCGCUGGUGGCGCGCCACGUGCUGCCCGGCACGCUGUACAGCGCCGGCAUGCGCUACUACCAGCUGCGCAACUCCAUGGAGGACGCCAAGCCGCUCACGCUCCAGAAAAACUCCGGUCGCAUCAAAGUCAACAACGCGCAAGUCGUCACGCACAACAUCCCUGCUACAAAUGGCGUAAUCCAUGCUAUCGACAAUAUAUUGUGAGAAGAGCGCGCGUGUCACAAUUACCCGCCAAAUUAGCUUCAGUGAAGCUCGGACUCCGACACCUUGGAAAUAACUUUUUAAUCUUGUGCGGCUUCACAAGCUGCCUGUACAGGCUCGUUUUAUCAAUGAAAAAAUAUAUUUUAAGACUGUAAAUAUAAAAUUAGACUAAGAUAAUAAUUUAUGCUGCGUUUUUUUUUUGUAAAUAAAGUUAUCGACAUAU